AUGAAUGGUCAGCACAAUACAUCACUCGAACUCGAACCUAAUAGAGAUAGAGAUUUAACAAUGGUCGACAACGCUACUCUGACAGAUAAAGACGGUAUGACCAAUAAUAACAAAGAAAAUCUCGUUCCAUCAGAACAAGUCAGUCCCGACAUCGAAGCUCAACAGAUAGAUAGACCAGGAUCUUCACAAAUGAAAGAAGGUGUAACGAAUGCCGAACAACAACAACAUCAUAGUCCUUUAGCUGAACUUGGUCAAGCAAGGAAGAAUUUCUUGUUAUUCAUCUUCUCAGUUGCUACGUUCAUCGACAUCUGCAAUGUAUCAGGUGUGGCUAUUGCUGUAGCACAGAUCUCUGCAGACAUCCAACUGGAUACUUCACAAAUCGUUUGGAUCAUCACUUCCUACUCAUUAUGUUUCGCUGCAUUCUUGCUUUUCGCCGGAAGACUGUCGGAUUUGUUCCCUGCUCAAAUCAUUUUCGAAGGAGGUUUCUUCGUUCUGGGUGUAUUGAGUUUAGUGACUUCUUUCGUCACUUCCAGCAAAUAUGGUUUCCUGAUCUUACGAGGAUUGGGCGGUAUCGCAGGAGCUAUGACCAUCCCUUCAGCCUACCACCUUACUGUUCACAUGUUCCCAGAACCAGCAGAACAACAAGCAAAGUUGGCGUUAUUAGGUAUCGCAGGUGCUGUUGGUAACGUACUUGGACUUGUUCUCGCUGGUAUUUGUAUGCUGGCAAACUAUCAAUGGUUCUUCCGAGUUCUCGCUAUACUUUGUAUCCUGUUUACCGGAAUUUGCUUCCUCCUUCUUCCAUUCACUGGAUCAACUUACAAAUCCACCGACGGUACUCCUCGAUGGAAGAGACUUGAUAUCAUAGGUGUCUUGUUCAUGGUUGGCGCUUUGAUCUGUUUCAUCUUGGCAUUGACUCAAGGACCUAUCGAUGGAUGGGGAUCAGCAAGCUUCAUUGCUCCUUUCGUCCUUAGUUUCCCCUUGGCCAUUGGCUUCUUCUUCUGGGAAUCUAAGAUCUCUCCCAAAUCAGCUGUACUGCCUAGUUCAGUAUGGCAAAUUAGCAAUAUCAUCAUUGGUAGUUUAGCUAUCGGUAUAGCAUUCCCAUUCUGGGCUACGUCUCAAAUUCUUUAUGCAACAUGGUUCCAAGAGAUCUUCCAUUGGACCCCAAUCAAAGUGGCUGCAGCUAUGUUACCACAGGGUAUCACAGCUUUGAUAGUUGGUGGAUUGACUCAAGUUUUCCCUACUAUCAUCACUAGACCGAAACCUACCAUGGCUGUGGGGGGAACUUUGAUCGUCGUUGCGGAGAUUCUCCAGGUUUUCUCUAACGGUGGGACUGGCAAGGAUUAUUGGAGAUUCUGCUUCCCAGCCUUCGUCUUGGGCAGUGGGGGAGCUGUUUUGACUUACAUGGCUUCAGCAAUCAAUCUCAUCACUUACUGCCCACCUGAGAUGGCUGGCGUCAGCGGAGCUUGGGUUCAAGUCAUCGCUCAAGUUGCAGGAGCAAUCACGUUAGCCGUUCAGGCUUCAUUUGAAGGUGGAGGAUUCGCCGAUUGGAAACAUGUCGGAGGUAGAUCAUUCUAUUUCCAAAUUGCCUGGACAGCUGUUCUUACUAUCCAAUACGUCGUGUUCUACAAGACACCUGGAACUCCAGAAGAAGAACAUGAAGCUGCCAGGAAAAGAAUUGCCGAGAAGGUCGGAGAUGCCGGUGUCAUCGCGUCUUAG